AGCAAUGGGCACAAGGCAGGGAACAACCCAGGAUGGGGGGCCAGCCCAUCGCAGGGCCACUCACACACCAUUCACUCACACACGCACGCCUAUGGGCAAUUUAGUAACUCCAAUUAGCCUCAGCAUGUUUUUGGAUCGUGGGGGGAAACCACACAACAACAUGGGGAGAACAUGCAAACUCCACAUACAUGUAACCCAGGCUGAGACUCGAACCCGGGUCCCAGAGGUAUGAGGCAACAGUGUGUGAGGCAACAGUGCUAACCACUGCACCACCAUGCCCCACUUUAUAUAAUUUCAGAGUAUGCAAGUAUUGCAUUCAUAUGCAAAUUGCCAUCAGACUGACACAAAUAUUAAUUUUCACAUUCUCAAAACUUUUGGCCACGGCUAUAGUAUUCUUAGCCAGGUUCUGUUGAGCCGGUAUCAGAAUGCAUUCCUUGAUGAGACUUCUAAGCACUUAUGCAAGUCCCUCUAGCUAAGGGCAUCUGCUAAAUGUGGUAAAUGGGAGAGCUGUGUGGUAAUUAGGGCAAGGAGUUUAAUCAGGUGUGUUAAGUGAAGGGAACCUAACAAUGACCAGGACUGGAGCAUAACACCCCUGCUGUAGUCAAUAACAAUGAUGAGACCCACCACAGUUAUCCUCCGAAAACUUGAAGCAAAAGUUGUGCUGUAAUUUGUUGUUCAGUCAUGGGUUAGCAAAUUGAAGAGCAGGGGACUGAGCAGACAUUUUUGGAGAGGUCCUGUGCUCAGUAUGAUGGUGCCAGAUGUCUUGCCGACUUGCAUGGCUUGUGGUGUUUCAAAUCAAGUUGGGUCAAGUAAUUUUAUUUUCAUUUCAGCCAUAUACACAGUACACAGUGAAAUGAAAAAUUGUUCCUUCAGGACCAUGGUGUAACACAAAGAGCAAAAACAACACAAGACUACGCAUGUGCAAUUUACAGGACAAGACAACAUAUAGUGCAGUCAACAAAAGCAGUAACAGUACUAGUUUGUACUAGUUUGUAACACUGCUACUACUUCUCAGUGAAAAAGUCUAGCAGCAAAUUACAGAGACUGCCCAGCUGGUGCAGUUUCUGUAUCAGAUAUUGAGGAGUGAUGGAAUUGAAUGCUGAACUAAAGUCUAUGAACAACCGUCUCAUUUGAGAGUCAUUAGUGUCCAGGUGGAUGAGGGCUGAAUGGAACAAUUGACGUUUUGAAAAGAAGACAGAUUACGGAUUUAGCAUUUUAUGGUUCAGUUCCGGAGGUUGGUUUGUUGGUUGUAAGUGGCUGUCUGCUUGAACAUGUCCCAGUCUGUAGUGUCAAAGCAGUGCUCAAGUGCCAAGGUGACCUUCUGGCCAUAUCCGUACCUACUUCAGAACUUGCUUCCACCUUUGGUCUGUAUGCUGGUAUAAGCAUAACAAUGGUGUGGUCAGAAAAGCCUGAUUGGGGGAGGGGUGAACUUCUGUAUGCUCCUUUGUGUAUUGUGUAAACCAGGUCAAGGGUAUUGUUUCCUCUUGAUCACAACAACAACAAUACUGGAAGUCGUCGACUUAUGAUCUAUGUAACUGAUCAAUUUUAUGACUGUUCCGAGACCACACAUCUGUGGCCACGACUGUGCCACAUCCCUGCGAUGGGCUGGCCCCUCAACCUGGGUUGUUCCCUGCCUCGUGCCCAUUGCUUCUGGGAUAGGCUCCAGACCCCCCACGACCCAGUAGGAUAAGCGGUUUGGAAAAUGGAUGGAUGGAUGGAUUAAAGUAGCCAUUUGGCUGAACAGCAUCUAGACCUGUUAGAAUCUUUUAUGCCUGGAUCAUGUCCCCCCUUAAUCUCCUCUGCAUGAGGCUGAACAGAUUCAACUCAGCUAACGUCUCAUCAUAAGACAUUCCUCUAAGACCAGCAAUUAUUUUUGUAGCCCGACGUUGAACCUUUGUCCUUUUUAAGGUAUGGUGACCAAACCUGCACGCAACAUUCUAGGUGGGGUCUUAAGAAGGAAUUGUAAAAUCUUAGCAUCACCUCCCUUGACUUAAACUCCUCACACCUAGAGAUGUAACCCAACAUCCUAUUGGCCUUUUUUAUUGCUUUCCCACACUGGCGAGAGUGGGACAUGGAAGGAUCAACGUACACACUGAGGUCUUUCUCAUAAUCAGCUACCUUUGUCAUGUAAUAAAUAUAAUAAAUCCUAUAAGUGACUUCUUAGCAUUUUAGUUUCAAAAUAAUUUAAGUAUAAGCGUACCUAUAUUAUAGAGGUCAGACAUGAAAUGCAGUGAUGAAUCUGUGGCUGACAUUUUUGAAAAGGCAAGGAAGUUUCCCAGUGAUAGUGUCAAGGCAAAGGGCAUUACACAAAAGAUUGUGGAAUUCAUUGCCUUAGAUGAUCAACCAUUCUCUGUCGUAGAAGAUGUAGGAUUUCGUAGGCUGAUCGAGCACAUUGAGCCCCGUUAUGUCAUGCUGAGCAGACGACAUUUCUCAGACGUGUGUUUACCUGAGCUGUUUAAUGUUGUUGCAACUCACGUCCAUGAGCAUAUAGCUGCAGAAAUUUCAGCAAUCAGUUUCACGACAGACAUAUGGAGCUCAGACGUCAGCCUUACCAGUAUGCUCAGUCUAACCGCACAAUGGAUCGACGCUGAUUUCCAGCUGCAAAAGAUUCUGCUCCAUUCACAAGAGUUUCGAGGGUCACAUACAGCAGCAGCCAUUUCUGAUGCAUUCGCCAAUAUGUUCGACACCUGGCAUAUCGACCGAUCUAAAGUGCAUGUUAUUGUGAGUGACAAUGCAAGAAAUAUGGCAAACGCGAUAGAAGACAGUCAGCUGAAGGGAAUAAGGUGCAUGGCCCAUACACUACAUCUGGUUGUGAGUGAUGGAGUGUUGUCUCAACGCAGCGUAAAAGACGUACUGGCUAUAGGCAGAAGAAUUGUUGGCCACUUUAAACAUUCACAGUUGGCCUAUUCCCGCUUACAGUCUAUGCAUGGUCAGUUUGGAACACAAAUAAAACGGUUCCAGCAAGACGUGAGUACGCGGUUGAACAGCACGUAUUACAUGUUGCAAAGCCUCUUUGCGCAAAAGCGAGUCUUGGCUGCAUAUAGCGCAGAUCACGAGCUCCCGGUGACAUUCACUUCACACCAGUGGGUCCUAAUAGAGAACAUUCUCUCUCUUCUUGCCCCCUUUGAGCAGCUAACUAAAGAGAUCAGCUCCUCUGAUGCAUCUGUAGCGGAUGUUAUUCCUUUAAUCGCAGCACUAAAGCGUCUCUUAACCAAAGUGUUUGAGAUGGACCACGGAGUGAAAACAAUGAAAAGUACACUCUUAGAGUCUGUCAGCACACGUUUCACUGAGAUCUAUUCGGAUCCUCUGCACUUCAACGCGACUGUACUUGAUCCGCGUUAUAAAGAUCAUUACUUGGAUGCAGAAAUAAAGCAGCGUGCACGAGAAAUGAUCCAGACCGCGAUGGAUGCCGAGAACCUGCGGGGAGAUGGAGAGGGAGCAGCGCACAGCACAGGAGAAGGAGAUCAGAGCGCAGGAAAAAAGACUCGUCUCUUUGCACCAGAUGAGGGUCAUGCACCCUCGUUGUCUGAUAUGUUGAGUGAAAUCCUGCAAGAAAGUGCCUCAAAUAAUAAUAGGCAGAUGACAAGCUCAACCACUCAACAGCUAGAUGGUUAUCUGUCUGAAGUCCCCAUCCCCAGAAGUGAUAACCCUCUUGUCUACUGGAAAAAUAAUCACGGCCGCUUUCCUGACCUGGGAAAGAUGGCACGCAAGUACUUGUCUGCUCCGUGCACAAGCACUGACAGCGAGAGACUGUUCAGUGCUGCAGCCCAUGUUCUCGAUGAGAAGAGGAACAGACUUCACUGUAAUAAAGCAGAGAAGCUACUCUUCAUCAAGAAAAACCUGCCACUUUACCUCAAGAAGUAGAAUGGGCUUGUCUAGUGUUUAAAUAUUUAUUAUCCACUUUGCACAUCUGCAAUUCUUGGUGCAUUUGUUGUUGUUAACGUUCUACAGUUAACAUAUGGGCUAUGGCAAUCUUUGUUUUGAUACACUAUUAUGUUGUAGGCCUACAGAGAAAAUAUUGUAUCUUUAAGCAGUUGGACUUGUUCUGAAUGCACUUUCUUGUAGUAGUCCUACAGAGCAAAUUUAAAAUACACUAGACUUAAAUGCACUUUGUUUUUAUGAGAGAACAUAUUUAAUUUUACAACCUUUCAGCAGGCCAGAAGGCCUGUACAUUGUUAUUUAAUGUACACAUGAGUGCGGUUAAGUUAAACAUUUAAGUUUGAAUUUUAUUUUAUUUUAUUUUAUACUGUGCAUUGUU